CUGUGGUUGUCAUGGCAGCAGAGUUCCAGAGCAGCCGGGAGCCUCGGACACCAGCCUGUGGACCAGAGAAUGGGGCAUGGCAUCAAAGGGCUUCACAGGUGCCCCCUUUGGGACUCAAGCAGCCAGGUUUUGUGGGCCAUUGACUUACUCAAAGAAGAAGAGAUCUACCACCCAUGCACAGAAGCCCAAUGGCAAAACGGUGUCUUCAGAUGUGGGGAAGACUUCGAGUUCCAGCUGGGCAAAAGUGCAGGAAGCAGCACGGCUUUCCCAAAUCCCCCAUUUCCAAUUUAAGGAGAUAUGGAAGAAAACCAAAUACCUGAAAGACAGACUGGGACCAGGAACUUACAACAUCAAGGAUUUCCUGCAAGAGACCCGGCCUUCAAGUACUAGAGGUGUAUGUGACACCAGAGAAGAGAGGUUUAAAGACACCAUUAGGGAUUGCUACCCUGGCCCAGGAACUUAUGGCAGGAAUGGAAACCCUUAUGCCCUGAUAGAGGAGAAGGAAACAUUUUCUGCAAAAUCUCAAGGGAUCAUGGACAGCAGAACUGCAAAAUGCAUCUUUCCUUCCACAGCAGGAAGCGGUUUGGGACCAGGCACCUACAAUCUCAAAAACAGCAUAGAUGAGCUGCUGAAACAUGUGGUCAGUAAACGAGGUCCAUAUGACACCUUCUCUGGAGACAGGUCAAAGCCAGUUAUCUCUGGGCAUUAUGCUGUUGAGAAAAAACUUUAUGAGCCAGGUGCCAGCAAUCCCAAGAGCUUUGUGGAGGAGCUGGAGACAAAGAACAAUAAGAAGAAAGGUGCUUUCAGCACGCUUGCACGAAACCCAGGCUGCCCCACGGAGCGAAUCUUCUGGGCUACACUCAGCCAAUGUCCACGGGACACGUAUGCUGCAGGGCCAGGCUCCUAUGAUCCAAAGCCCAUUGAGAGAUCAGACUAUGAUAAUCAACCUCCAUUUUUGUCAUCUGCAAAAAGAUUUGACAGGAGAUCAUGCCGUCUCUUUUUUGCAAACUCCAAUCCUGUUGGUGUUGGCCGCUAUGACAUCACAAAACAAGAAAAAAGUGCUCGGAAGACAUACCGUUUGCUUUACCUGUGUGAUACGCAACGCUACCUGAACGACCUGGAGCGGGAUGCGUGCUUUUUAGAGCGAAUCAAGCCUGUUAGUAAAAGCUAUUGGCGCAAUUUAGCUUCUGCUUCCAGUGAGCCAGAUCGGUCUGCACAAGCUGCUGAUUCUUCUGAAAAUUAAGUCCAUGCUGGAAAGCAAAUAUCUGUGGAUAAAUUAUUAGAGAGAUGAGUUAUAAGACAACUGCAUACAGAUCAAGAGAUUGUAAAAUGACCUUGUUUUUCUCUGUCCUAAAAUCCAUUUUGAGCUACCAGCUACCUUCCACUGACAAUCAGUACUGAGCGGUCUUCACCUUGGUUUGGGACAAAAUGACACAAUUUACAGCAGGGGCAUUUAGUAGAAUGUUACUUAGGCAUGCUUCCUUCAAAGGAAGGUUUGCCAUGCAAAGCUCAUUCAACAUUAAUAUUCCCUUUUUCAUCAGUGAUUCAAAGAAGCGCAUGUGUGCCUUGUUUGCACCAUAGAUGGUCUAUGUAUUGCAGUUGACAGCUCUUGUUCUCAAACUAAACAGAAGGGAUAAAAGCCAGUCCUACCAGGACCUAAUGCUACAAAAACUAGAGGCACAUGUUUUGAACAUUGCAUUGAUUGAAAACGGUGAGCCCUCUGGUGGCCAAAACCUCAGUAUUUUGGUGAUAUUCCCCAGAAUCUGUUCACCUUUGACUGUCUGCACUGUAAUCACAGCUGUGACUGCAUCCUGCACUAAAUAAGCU